AUGCAAAACGAUUUCUACAAGACUAAAAAUAUCAAAGAGGAUUUUAAAUUUGAUAAAGUUUUAGGAGAGGGUUCUUUUGCAGUAGUCCAUAAAUGCAUUAGAAAAGAGAAUAAUGAAGAAGUUGCUGUAAAAGUCAUUGACAAAGCUAAUUUAGAGCACGAUGAUUAGCUUGCCCUUGAAACAGAAUGCGAAAUUAUGGCUAAUAUAGAUCACCCUAACAUUGUCAAAUGCACUUGUGUUUAUGACGAAAAGAGUAAGUUUUACAUGGUUAUGGAACUCAUGACUGGUGGAGAACUCUUCGAUAGAAUAGUAGAAAAAGAAUUCUAUUCUGAAAAAGAAGCUUGUGAUGUUAUUAAGCCAAUAGUAGAUGCCAUUAAUUAUUGUCACAAAAUGGGUAUUGCACAUAGAGAUUUAAAACCUGAAAAUUUAUUAUACACUUCUCCAGAUCCAGAUGCAACUAUUAAGAUUUCUGAUUUUGGUUUGGCCAAAGUUAUUUCAGAUGAGUUGAUGACAACAGCUUGUGGUACUCCUUCUUAUAUUGCUCCUGAAAUCUUGGAAGGCAAAGGCUAUACUUUUGCAGUUGAUUAUUGGAGUAUCGGAGUUAUUCUUUAUGUCUUAUUAUGUGGUUUCCCUCCUUUCUACGAAGAUACUAACGAGAAGCUUUUUGCUAUGAUUAAGAAGGGUUAGUUUGAAUUCCCUUCUCCUCAGUGGGAUCCCAUCUCAAACCAAGCUAAAGAUUUAAUCAAAAAUUUAUUAAAAGUUGAUCCCAAAUAAAGAUAUAAUGCUGAAUAGAUUUUGAAUCAUGCUUGGAUUAAAGACGGUGGUGCUUCUCGUAAGCAUUUACCUGAUUCUCUUGAAGCUCUUAGAUAAUUCAAUGCCAGACGUAGAUUAAGACGUGCCCAAUUCUCAGUUUUAGCAACCACUAGACUAAAACAUUUAAUUAUGAACAAAUGA